AUGAAUAUUCCUCCACUUUUAAAGAUUCCAACAAACCUUUUAAGUAAAUUCCCAGCUCGUUCAAUCCCUCACUUGAAUAUAAACAGGGUUGUUUCUGUGGAUUCUACAAAGGUAAAAAUAAACACACCUAAUCUGAAUAAUGAUAAAAUAAUACCUGUAAAAUACAAAUAUAUAUCAAUAGAUUCUAUUUUAAACCUGAACUUGGAUGAUUCCAUUGAUUUUAUCCAUGGAUUUUUAACGAAUACAGAGUUUUCUGCAAGGCAAUGUCUAGUUCAUAACUUAAAAUCACUAUCAAGUGAUUUAAUACAUGAUAAAAGGUUGAAAGGCAAGGAUAUAAGUGCUAUCAACUAUAGAAUAUUGAGUUUUGAUGACCAUCUUAAUUUUACACACUUGGCAAAGUUAAUAUUUGCAAUCACUAGUUCUGACAGGAGGUUAUGGUCGCUGGUUCCACACUUAACUAAGCUGUUCUUAGAAAAGGACUGCGAUUUAUCUGAACUUAAAUCGAGUAAAAAUUAUUUGUAUUCACAGUUUGUGGUCUUAACAUCUCUGCUAGUCUUUAAAAGGAACAGCUUGAACUUAAAUGUUAAGUUGAUUGGCAAAGGUGGUUCAAGGGUUAAAUUGGGAGAUGAGCCUUGUAUGUUGGAGAACUUUCCAGAAAUAGAGUAUAAAGUUCUUAAAAACAUAGAGUUGAUCUUAUCGAGAGGUGAAUUAGGUCUCAAUAAUGAAGAGCCUUUGUUGUUCCUCAAGAUAGUAUCAUUAGUUUCUCACGCUAAUGAUAAUGUUGUAAAGUCAUUGAAUUCACACGUAGAAAUCGAUAAUAUGUCGCUAGGUCAGAUGUGUAGCUAUCUGCACACGUUAUCACUGUUACCAGUGUCCGAUAUCUUGAAUUUCAUUGACUUGAGUAAGAGCACACUGGAAAGGAUAACAGAGAGUGUAAAGAGUGGAAUCGAGCUUCCAAAGUCGUCAAUUCCAGAGCUUUAUCACUAUUUUUACCUAACUGGUGAUUUGGAACAUGAACUGUUCGAUAUCAUGUCUGAUGAGAUAGUCCGGAGGAGGCUCGAAUUUGAAUGUGCGAAAGAUUUCUACAGAGUCACAUUCCCACUGUCGAUAUCUAGGAGGAUUUCAAGUCCCGAGUUAUCUAAGUGGCUUUUAAAUCAACUGGCAAUGAGGUGUGACACAUACAUGAGUGACUUAUCAAACUUUCUAUUUGUGCUAAUGAGCGUCGCAAGUUCAGUUAAGAUCGAUUACAGUAAACCGAAGCGUGAUGAGAAUUUAAAGACCAUGGACAUUGAGACUGACAUCUAUGAAAAGGCGCUGAUGUACCUGAACGAGUCGACCAGGGGUGCCUACUUUCCAAGUGAACGCGCAGCACUUUUGUAUUUGUUUGAGAAGACAAUGGAGUUGCUGGAGGAGUGCGAUGAGGAUCAAUUUGUCCAGCUGACCCAAGCUUUAACUCACAAAUUGGUUAAAAUGAACACUUCAAUGAAGCUGAGGCUGCUGAAGGAGUGUAAAAAACGAGUGAACACAGUCAGGGUCGGAGGAAUUCCACACAUUCUACAGUUCGUCGUAUGGAUGUACGGAAAUAAAAACCCGGACUUGGUGGCAGCGUUGACGAUGUACAUGGAGCGCAUACUCUCGGACGUUGCAACAUACAAUGUUGGAGACCACGCGCUGCUGCAGACGAGCACGCUGCACACGGACUCGUUUCUGACUGACAUUAAGUCACUGGCCAACGUACUCUACAUAAUGGAUUGGUCAGGCGUACACUCAGCGGAUUUGGCGAGGGAAGUAUACAACUUGGUAUCAAGCGAUAAUUACAAAAUGAUUAGCGGAGCAGAGUUGAGGGAUUUAUCGCACAUAGUUCACUACAUAGCCCUGUCAAACACGGAUUUAAAAAAUUUAGACCCGCUGUACAUUGUAAUCAGGGAAGCGCUGAGGAAGGACGACGAGGUCCAGGCCAGGGACUUGAUAAUGAUCAUUGAAUCCAUGAUAAUCAACGCUCAGCACACGAGGCACAAGCAAUUAUUGAAGGUGAUUGAAGAGAAGGCCAUGGUACUCCCCGGGCCCGCCAGCACCAUCGAGACACUUUCAAACAGUUUAUCUCGGCUCACGGACGUGAAAUACACACUCAAGGACAACGGAUCAAGCAAUUACAUUCUUCAACUCAACGCCUAA